CCGUAGUCCGAACUGUUCACGUCAAGCGAACGCGGGCGCUUGCAUUGAGCAAACACAUUUCGUGAACACACGAGUUGGGUAGCUAUCUCCAUUUUUGUUUUGCGUCAAGUCGUCUUUUGAAAACAAAACAAAAAAAAAAACAACAAAACAAAUGAAAAGAAACAAAAGGAAAAAGAAGAAAACGGAGACGUUCGUUUAAAAGUUACAAAACUAAACACGUGAAAAGAAGUAAACGUUUUUCUUUUCUUUUGGUGGGCGCCAUUUGGACUUGGAUUGUGAUAUUCAAAAAAAAAAAAAAAAAAAGUGGAAAACUACUUGUGGUGUUUUAAAGUACCGUGCUAAUUUAACUGUGCGUGAAUUUUUGCCCGAAGAAGAACUGUGGAGGUUGAAAAAAAAAAAAAAGAGAAUAAUUGGCUUCCGGACCGGAAUAGUAUAGAAAGUUCAUCGCCUCCCUAUUCACCAAUUUCUUCUGAAAAUUUUUUAAAAAACAAAUUAUACCCCAAAAGAGACUUACUGUUAUUGUGCCCCGCCCCCGCCACCCAUCAACUCUUUUCAGUCACGAAACCUGCGGAUUUGGUCGGGCAUGGACUUGACGGUUCAAUCAUCAUGCGGGUCGCGCAUUUUGAAGACUGAACGAAUAAAUUGAAGGCGCAUACGGAAAACGAAAAGGCGGCGAGCGCCGAUCUCUCAAAUAAAUCAAAGACAUUUGAACAAAAAAUAGAAAACAAGAAAUGGAAGUGUUGCUGUGGAUGAACUCUAAUUGGUCGGCGACGGCCAUGGCUUUGGUGACGGAUGGAGCCACAAGUUUAGACUCGACGGAUCGAAAUUCUACAAUGACCACGCCUUUGUCAACGGUGACAGACGACAGCGUCCAGCCGCUGUUUACUGAAUAUCCGGACGAGCUGCUUCACUUUGCCGUUGGCGCUUGCGUCCUCUUCACUCUACUUGGCGUCCCGGGCAAUUUCAUCACCAUCGUCGCUCUUCUACGCUACACCAAAGUGCGCAACGCGACGGCCAUGUUCAUCAUUAAUUUGAGCGUGUCCGAUUUGAUGUUCUGCUGUUUCAACUUGCCACUAGCCACUUCCCUCUUCUACCAUCGUGCAUGGGUCCACGGAGAGGCGCUCUGCACGCUCUUCCCGCUGAUGCGCUACGGACUUUUGGCCGUCUCCAUCUUCACCGUCUUGGCCAUCACGCUCAAUCGUUACAUCAUGAUCGGCCACCCAAGACUCUAUCCAAAGUUAUACAAAAGACGCCAUCUGAUAUUGAUGAUCGCCCUGACUUGGCUCGGCUGUUUCGGUUCGUUGCUGCCCACUUUACUAGGAGAAUGGGGCACUUUCGGGCUGGACAAAGAAAUCGGAUCGUGUUCCAUCUUGCCCGAUGCACAGCGACGUUCUCCAAAAGAGUUCCUCUUUGUCGUUGCUUUCGUCCUUCCUUGCCUGGCUAUCGUCGUCUGCUACGCCCGAAUCUUUUUUAUCGUCAGACGGGCAGCGGCCGUCUCGCACGGCAAUCAGCAACAGCAAAACCAUCAGAAUCAUCAGCAAUCGGGCAACGCUGCAGGACUCAAACCGUCGUCUAGCGUCCGAUCGAGAACAGGCAUUGGCGGAAUUGUUCCAGGUGAAAUGAGACGAGGUCUAAUGUUGCCCGGUUCGGCUUCUGGCAUGCAUCCGGGCGGUGGAUACAUCAAGCAAACGAUGAUCACAGGCCAUCCGUCCGUUAUGGAAGCUUCGUUUCAUUUGACGUGUUGCGAAUCGCAACAAGGAAGCGGAUCGACGGAAAUCAGCGAGGAAACAACCGAUCGAUCCGCCGGUGGAUGUAGCCACCAUUUAUCUGUUGGACCGGCGGAACCACUAGUCAAUAACGCGAGUAGUACAGUCAUAGUUCCGAAGAGGACUGGAUCUAUUUUGCGCUGGAACAAACCAAGUCAGCAUAAAUCAUCGCCCAUCCGAAUUGAAGUCGAGAAAGGUAGCGAAGUAGCUGGACCGUUACCCGAAUUCCAGCAGCAACUGUCGGACAAGAGACGGAUUUCCGUUUCUUUCAUGGAACCGGAGCAACUGGAUGACUGUCCUCAGUCGGUUAGUUCGUCAGAAGCCCAAUAUCUUCGCGUUCCGGGUGUCCAGCAGUGUUCCAGCAAUAGCAGUUCAGCAGGUGGCAUGAAUCUAUCGACCAGUCAAAAACCCUUGUCGACUGCUAACGCUGGAUCGGACACCGAAGAUGCCGAACCUGUUAUAGCAAGUCCCGUUCCUUCGGAAGCUUCUUCUAUCGGAUCGACAGUUGUCAUUCCGGAAGGGAUAGCAACUCCAGUGGGCGGAGACACAGGCAGAUCAGUCUUGGGGGCGGCGCUAUCACAAGUCAGUGGUGCCCUCCAUCGUCGUUCGACUCGAAACAAAUCGUCAACGCGGAGGCAUCCGGGCCGAAUGACAGCAAAGGAUCGCAAAUUAUUGCAAAUGAUUUUAGUCAUUUUCGUUUCAUUUAUCGUGUGUUACAUGCCCAUCACGCUGGUCAAGUCGUUAAGCAAAGAGGUGGACCUGGGUGGAGCGAUUAACAUUGUGGGUUAUGUUCUCAUUUAUUUGACGACGUGCAUUAACCCAAUCAUCUACGUCGUCAUGAGCUCCGAAUACCGACAGGCCUACAAGAAUUUAUUGACCUGCAAGCAGAGCCAUCAUGCGGGCAUUGGAGGAGGCGGAACCGGAAUCGGUGGUGGAGGAGGCCUUGGAGGCGGUCCGUUGCCCAGUCGCAGUUUUUCACAAAAAGCUUACUGAUUUUCUCAUUUCCUUUCAUUUAACGUUAAGACGCCCUCAAGCGGUCAGAAUCGAAAACAAGGAUUGUACAGUGGGACACUGACUCACGUUGCUUAGCAACUAAAACGUAACCAAUGGCGACAGUUGACUACCAUGUAGCACUGACGAUCAUUUCUUUUGCGCUACCAUUAAAGAAAAUUCAAAUUGUCUUAAGAAAAACUGGGUCUCUUCAAUCACCUUUUUCGGGGAUUUUGUUCCUAGUCCUUUGAUGUGGCAGGUUAAGUUUAGCGUAUAAAAAUACGUCCUGUACUUGUAUGCUAUUUGCAUUUUGAAAUCUGAACCGACAUUCCAUGAAAAUUACUUGAAAUCAUCGUCAUAAAAAAAAAGAAUUGAAAAUUCACUCCUGCUUCGAUUUUCCUAUUCGAAAUAAUUUGCAUCAAAUAAUACUCUUGUUAUUGUAUAGCUUACCUCCCUUUUUUUUUUGGCUGCAACUUAAGAGCACCUGCUGCUGUGUUCGGGGAGAAGAUUGUGAUAUAGAAAAUGUGGUGAAUAGGUGUGUUGGUCUGUAAAACACAAGUUGCGCGGAUGAUUGGUUCAAAUAUUGACAUUGCUCUUGACGUUUUGUCCCAAAUAUUUCUACUUAUGUUGUUACUGUCUAAAUGCUUGAACGGUACAUUCAGAUAGAGUUCCCGGUGCAACAUUAUCGAGAGAGCACAUCAUCAUCACCACUAUACAUAGUCAUCCAAUGUAACCAGCAGAAAAGAUCAAUGUUUGCACACACACACACACACACUAGCCUCAUUCUGUCUGCUCUUUCUUUAAAUCCAUUUCCCCUCUUUCUGCUGUGUAUGUAGUUCAAGUGGAAAGAAAUAUUUUGGCGCCAAUUCUAAACAAAGAGCUAAAUUGUUUCAUCAUCCUGUAUUGAAUAUGGGAUUAUUAUUGAUCUGUACUCCAUGCUAUACUAUUUAUCAAGCAUUAACAUGAUGGAGUGUCAUUAUGUGAAAUUGACGAAAAAAAAAAAGAAUACAAAUAUAUUACCGAAGAGAAUAUUUGUAUAUUAUCGAUUCAAUGGUUUUACACGCCUUCAUUCACAUUCUCGUUUAGAGCUGAGCACAUGCAGCAAUGGUGCCGAUAUCGAUUUCUCCUCAGUGCUCGAUAAAACAGAUUUCUUGCGGAAUUUCUGCAAACCAGUGCGAAUAAUGGACGUGGACUACGUACGUAAAACCUUGAAAAUGGCCGAAUAUACUUGUGUAAUGUGGUCUGUGGCUAGGUUACAUUUGAUGGUCAUAACUUGCAUAGAGAUUACUGGUUCGCGAAGUAAACGUCAAAACGUGAUUUGAUUCUGUGUCUCUUGAGGGGGAAGGGAAACAUGGCUGUUGCUAAGCAACAUCCAGACCGUGAUGUAAGUAUGUGUUCUCAAGUGAUCAG